AGACGCGUAGAGGAAAAGGAUCAUGGUUCCACUUGCAUGUUUGUUGGAUGGAGGGCAAACACUGAUUGAGCGCGCAUUGCGGCGGCGCACAAGUCGGGGCAGAUGGGAUCGGAAGAGAUGCUGCGCGCGCACGUGAACUACCCGCCUCCGGCGGAGUAUUUGCUGCCGGACGACACGGCCGUGACGGGACAGCUUGUUCAGCAGCUGGCCGCGAACCUGCGAGGUGGACUGAAGUUCAUUACGCAGACCGCGCACGUCCUCUUCCCCUCCUACGUGAAGAGCGAGGAGUUCCAAGAGAAGCUGUGGCGGACCUUGAUGACCUUGAACGCCUACAGCCGGGAGAUCACUUUAUGGAAGAAUGCCGAUGUGGACUAUGUUGCACUGGGUCAUAUGAACCUGAACAUUGACAACGCCUUCUUCUGGCGUACUGGCAAUCAGCAACUGGACUGUGGCAUGUUCGACCUCGGUGGCUUUGGCGCCUUCUCCUUACAUCAUCGGCUCUGGUGGGGCAUCAACUGUGCAGAGUACGCGUUGAUCUCGGAGCAUCUUGAGGAGUUCCUGUCCAUCUUCCUGGAGACCUACCGUUCACUCGGCGGGCCCUCACUGGACCGGAAGGUUCUCAGGAGUGGACUCAUCAUCACGGCUUUGGAGAACAUGAUCUUUAUGAUUGCCUCCAUCCCGAAUUGCCUGACCAUGUGCAAAUCCUCGGAGUGGCCCACGAUCCAAGAUCGCCAUGAUCCACGCAUUUCGGCUGACGUGGACGGGAAGAGCACCCUGCGGACCACGUUGCAGGUCUUGCUCAACGGGAUUCGCAUGCUCGAGGAGAUGCAUGCGGACGAGGUCUUGGAUGAGUGGAUCUCCACCAUCUUCGUCCAGUCCUGGGGGCUGAAAGCCAAGCCAGACGAAGUGAUCUUCGGCGCAGAGACGUGCACCACCGCUCUCUCCGCACCUGACCCCGGCCUGGGCGCACCGAUAGGCCCGUGCUGGCUGUGCGAGGGCCGCGACAGCCGCGCCUGUGUCAUUUGCGGGCCGGUGGCGACCAGCACCGAGGGGCCGAGUGGAGUGGGGCGCCCGAGAGCGGUGUUGGUCCGGCUGGGACUGGAGCUGCGGGUGAAGAGGGAGAAGCUCUUGGGCCAGGACGGGUGGUGUGCCUUGGAUGACUCCAAGGAUGAGAGGUUCGGUGGCUGGGUGCAGACCAGCACGGAGGAGUUGCAUGUGCAGAUCCUUCAAGAGGCUGAGGCCCAGCUGCAGCAAGGACAAGCGGAGGCCGCCUUGCAAAGCCUCCAGCGGGCGUUGCGCACAGGUGGCAAGCUUCAGGACGAUAACAAGGAGCUACACUGCUUGACUUCGAUGAUCCGCGCCAGGUGUCACUUGCUUCAGCAAGACUACACUGCUGUUGUGGAGGAUUGCAAGCAGUUUGGGAGGCUUGAGGAGGAGAUCUUGGGCACCAUGAGGGGAGAAGAGCUAAAGAAAGCUCAGGAGCAAGUGGGUUUGGCCGAGGUCGCUGCCUUCGUGCAGCGGCUCGGCUGUGCCGCGGAGAUCGCCGUCAACUGCCGGACCAAGGUCACGCAGGGCUUAGCCUUCAAGAUGGUCGUGGAUCAUGCUGAACGGGCGCUGAAAGGUCUGCAGCCGUGUCCUGAGGACCUCCGUGUGAGACCCUCCGGGCCUCGACUCCGCACAGCACCUCUUGGGACUGAAGCCUUUGCGUGCCCAUUUGCACCUCUCCCGUGCGCAAGCGUGCUUGGAACUGGAGCUUUGGACGAAGGCCAAAGAGGACGCUCUCGCUGCCUUGCGCCUGGACGCUGGCCUGCGAGAGGCGGAGUAUUUCGUCCGGGCAGCGGACGCACGCAGCUGGUGAAAGACAAGCGCCCGCAGCAGCGGGACGGUGAAGCGCCACGUGGCGCGUCGCGGGUAUUCUACUGCUUCUUCUCCGUGCAGGCAGGGGUUCGGGUGGCGUCAGUGCAGAGGUUCGGGUGGCGCUCCAUGAGGUGUGCAAGCAGCUCUAUACAGAUUCAAGCAGCGCGACCUUUUCGGGGUGAAAAUCCGAGCGACGUGACCUUGGCGGCCCUGGCGGCCUUGGCGGCCUUGACCCUGCAGGGUGCGGAGACUGGGGAGACUGGUGAGACCGAUGGCUGUGCUAUGACGCAGCUGCGCGGUGCCGUGGAGAGCAACGAGGCUGGGUCUGAGAUCCAAACCGAGUCGUGCUUUCACCCCUGCACCCGGAAGGAAGCUGAAAAGUUUUGCCGGCGAAACCACAACUUGAUGAGCAAUUGCAACGGCUGCAUGGUGAAGUGUGGUGCGACGGGAGGUCUGAGCUCCUUCAGCAGUGGCGGAGGCUCCUCUUCCACCAGCGGCAGCAUCACCAUCACGGGCGGUGGAAGCAGUGGAACGAUGUGCAACGAUCUCGGGAAGUUGCCGACCUACUGCAAGGCCAAUCCUGGCAAGUCCUACCAGCAGGGCCAGUGCUCCUUCAAGUGCAGUGCCGCUGGAGUGGCCACGAACAUCAAGAACGGUGGAAUCUCCAUCGGUUCCCUCGGCUU